GGUUGCGAUGGCAACUGGGGCUCCAUGCCAGCGCCGUUUAGGGGUUUGGGAACCGCUGCUAAUUGGGUUCAUGUAACUGGACUCAGAGGAUGCCCCGCCAUGCUGCCGUCUGGCCUUGGGAGAGCCCCCUCCCUAUGGCGCUGCACCUAUCGGUAUUCCCCGACCUCCACCCCCUCGGCCUGGCAUGCAUUCACCACCGCCGCGCCCAGCCCCCUCACCUGGUACCUGGGAGAGCCAGCCCGCCCGGUCGGUGAGGCUGGGAGGACCAGGAGGGGGUGCUGGGGGUGCUGGGGGUGGCCGUGUUCUCGAGUGUCCCAGCAUCCGCAUCACCUCCAUCUCUCCCACGCCGGAGCCGCCGGCGGCGCUGGAGGACAACCCUGAUACCUGGGGGGACGGCUCUCCUAGAGAUUACCCCCCACCAGAAGGCUUUGGAGGCUACCGAGAGGCAGGGGGCCAGGGUGGGGGGGCCUUCUUCAGCCCAAGCCCUGGCAGCAGCAGCCUGUCCUCCUGGAGCUUCUUCUCCGAUGCCUCUGACGAGGCAGCCCUGUAUGCAGCCUGCGACGAGGUGGAGUCUGAGCUAAAUGAGGCGGCCUCCCGCUUUGGCCUGGGCUCCCCGCUGCCCUCGCCCAGGGCCUCCCCUCGGCCAUGGACCCCCGAAGAUCCCUGGAGCCUGUAUGGUCCAAGCCCCGGAGGCCGAGGGCCAGAGGAUAACUGGCUACUCCUCAGUGCUCCUGGGCCCACCCCAGCCUCCCCCAGGCCUGCCUCUCCAUGUGGCAAGCGGCGCUAUUCCAGCUCGGGAACCCCAUCUUCAGCCUCCCCAGCUCUGUCCCGCCGUGGCAGCCUGGGUGAAGAGGGGUCUGAGCCACCUCCACCACCCCCGUUGCCUCUGGCCCGGGAUCCUGGCUCCCCUGGUCCCUUUGACUAUGUGGGGGCCCCACCAGCUGAGAGCAUCCCUCAGAAGACCCGGCGGACUUCCAGCGAGCAGGCGGUGGCUCUGCCUCGGUCUGAGGAGCCUGCCCCAUGCAAUGGGAAGCUGCCCUUGGGAGCAGAGGAGUCUGUGGCUCCUCCAGGAGGUCCCCGGAAGGAGGUGGCUGGCAUGGACUACCUGGCAGUGCCCUCCCCACUCGCUUGGUCCAAGGCCCGGAUUGGGGGACACAGCCCUAUAUUCAGGACCUCUGCCCUACCCCCACUGGACUGGCCUCUGCCCAGCCAAUAUGAGCAGCUGGAGCUGAGGAUCGAGGUACAGCCUAGAGCCCACCACCGGGCCCACUAUGAGACAGAAGGCAGCCGUGGAGCUGUCAAAGCUGCCCCUGGCGGUCACCCCGUAGUCAAGCUCCUAGGCUACAGUGAGAAGCCACUGACCCUACAGAUGUUCAUUGGCACUGCAGAUGAAAGGAACCUGCGGCCUCAUGCCUUCUAUCAGGUGCACCGUAUCACAGGCAAGAUGGUGGCCACAGCCAGCUAUGAAGCCGUAGUCAGUGGCACCAAGGUGUUGGAGAUGACUCUGCUGCCUGAGAACAACAUGGCGGCCAACAUUGACUGUGCGGGAAUCCUGAAGCUUCGGAAUUCAGACAUUGAGCUUCGGAAGGGUGAGACGGACAUCGGGCGCAAAAACACACGUGUGCGACUGGUGUUCCGGGUACACGUGCCCCAGGGCGGCGGGAAGGUCGUCUCGGUGCAGGCAGCGUCGGUGCCCAUCGAGUGCUCCCAGCGCUCAGCUCAGGAGCUGCCCCAGGUGGAGGCCUACAGCCCUAGUGCCUGCUCUGUGAGAGGAGGCGAGGAACUAGUACUGACUGGCUCCAACUUCCUGCCGGACUCCAAGGUGGUGUUCAUUGAGAGGGGUCCUGAUGGGAAGCUGCAAUGGGAGGAGGAGGCCACAGUGAACCGACUGCAGAGCAAUGAGGUGACGCUGACCCUGACUGUCCCUGAGUACAGCAACAAGAGGGUGUCCCGGCCAGUUCAGGUCUACUUUUAUGUCUCCAAUGGGCGGAGGAAACGCAGUCCUACCCAAAGUUUCAAGUUUCUGCCUGUGAUCUGCAAAGAGGAGCCCCUACCGGACUCAUCUCUGCGGGGCUUCCCUUCAGCAUCGGCACCCCCCUUUGGCACUGACAUGGACUUCUCACCACCCAGGCCCCCCUACCCCUCCUAUCCCCAUGAAGACCCUGCUUACGAAACUCCUUACCUAUCAGAAGGCUUCGGCUAUGGCAUGCCCCCUCUGUACCCCCAGACGGGGCCCCCACCAUCCUACAGACCGGGCCUGCGGAUGUUCCCUGAGACUAGGGGUACCACAGGUUGUGCCCAACCACCUCCAGUCUCCUUCCUUCCCCGCCCCUUCCCUAGUGACCCCUAUGGAGGGCGGGGCUCCUCUUUUCCCCUGGGGCUGCCAUUCUCUCCUCCAGCCCCCUUUCGGCCUCCUCUUCCUGCAUCCCCACCGCUUGAAGGCCCCUUCCCUUCCCAGAGUGAUGUGCAUCCCCUACCUGCUGAGGGCUACAAUAAGGUAGGGCCAGGCUAUGGCCCUGGGGAGGGGGCUCCGGAGCAGGAGAAAUCCAGGGGUGGCUACAGCAGCGGCUUCCGAGACAGUGUCCCUAUCCAGGGUAUCACGCUGGAGGAAGUGAGUGAGAUCAUUGGCCGAGACCUGAGUGGCUUCCCUGCACCUCCUGGAGACGAGCCUCCUGCUUGAACCACCUGAACUGUCAUCACACGGCAACCCCAGCCCCAGCCUCAGCCCUACCCCCUUUCCCUCCUUCCUGGAGUGGUGGCUACAGAAGCUUGGGGCCAAUCCUGGCUCCUCUUUCCCCAGCUUCUGUUUGUCUCACUGUCUUCCCUCCCCUCCCCCAGCUGAGGUGUGGCCCCCAGGCCUGGUGCUGCCUUGGAGGGCUGGGGGAAGUAGCUGUGGAGGAGGGAGGAGGGUGGAGACUGAGGCUAGGUGCCAGAAUGGACUGGAGUGAAGGCAUGUCUAGAGUGUGGGCAGGCUGUUGUGCUGGGAAGCUGGGGACAUGUUGAUGGUAAUAAACUGCUCAAUGACCAGUGCUUCAGGCUCCAGAGCUCUUUGGAGAGACGGGUUGGGGCAGCUUACUCCAGCCCUGGCCCAAGGAGGCCCAGAAGUUGGAAAGAGAUGGAAUGUGGCUGGGAACAUUGCAUCCCAAAGAGCUCAGUGGAGGAGGCUGGGGAAGGCAUGAGGGGGCUAGGAGGCUCCUUGACUGGGGCCAGGAUUGGGGGCCAGGGCUUGAGUAGGCCUCUCCACCCUCCUCCUUGAGGGUCCAGAUUCCUUAGGAGCUUUGGGAUGGGGCCCAGGAGGCUGCAUUUUUCAAGCUCCUUAGUCUUGCCACCACACAGGUGAUUCUGAUCCAUAGCCAAGAAGAGGACACACUGAUAUAGUUGAUCUCUCUCAUUUACAAAGGAGGAUUCUAAGAUUCAGAGAGGGAAUCUUAGAUAAUGAGGUCACGUAGAUAAUCAGCAGCAUGUUGAAUUGCACUCCUGCACUCCUGGGCUCCUGUCCCCCGCCCUCAUUCAGACACGCUGACUCAGGAGGUCCAGGCCUCUGAGGCUUCUCUCCCUGGAGUGAGGGUGGAGGUGAGGGAGAGCUAGCACAAGCUCUCCCUCUGGAUCCUCCACUCCUGGGGAUUAUGAAGACAUUCUGGAAAGAUUUGUGCUUCAGAGGUAGACUGCAGAAAGCAAACAGUCUACCCAGCAGCUCUGAAUGUCACCUGCCCUGGGAAUCACAGCACUGUAUGAGUUCCUGGCCUAUCCUGCAAAUAUACCCAUGCUGGCCUUCUAAAUAGCUGGUACAUCCAUCACCACUGAUGGGCCUGGGCUGGAAACCUGGUUUGUCCCCUGUCUUGAUGGCCUACGAGAGGCCAAGUCCCAUUGGGCUGGGGAAAGUCACUUUGUCUGUCUUGUUCACCUGGAGCCUGACACACAGUAGUUAGUGAGUACAGAUAGCUUGAGUUGGCUAGGCUUGGCUGCAGGGGGACAUGCCUAAAAGACAUUCAGGGUGUUUGCACUUGGGAAACUUGCCUCACCUUCAGGCUGGUGGGGCCUGUCUAUGCCCAAUGAGUGCAGGCAGUCCUAGCGAGUACUCAGGAGAGCAGGGGUGGGUGUGACAGAGGCUGGCUGUGGAUUGGGGGACAACAGAACCAGAGUAACUCCUCACCUGUUGCUGCUUUGCAAUGAGUUUCCUUUACCUUCAUGGAACACAAGCUGCUGUGAACCAAAUUGACAUCAAGUGAUUAGCUCCUGGGCCUUGGUUGCUUUUCAAAGAUCCCCUUCAGCCCCUUGCCAGAGUCAUUGUCCCAUAAUCACCAUGUCAGAAGGAACCCUAGGGCAUUCGUGUCCUAUUUAGCAAUCUUCAGCACCACCUCUAAGAUCUCUGACAGAGGGUGGGUUAGCCUCUGUGUAAACAAAAAGCUGUUAGGACUUGUUGCCUCUCAAGGUGGACUGUUCUGCUUUCUGCCAAGACACUGCCAUUCAUGCAUUGUCAAGAUAUUUAUUAAACAGCUGCAAAGUGCCAGCCAGUGGGUCCUGGAGGAAUCUGUAGCCUCAUGGGGCAAAAGUAAAUAAACAGCUCAUAACAAUUCAA